GUGCAUCUUGCGCACAUAUAAUGUGCAGUAUAUUUCAAGAAUUUAUUUGACUGUCUUCCCAAUCGAAUUUUGAGUUGAAAUUUGUUAUGGAUAAACUAGACUUGAUGAAGAACAUUCUCUAAAAAUUUCAUCAAAAAAUUCCAUCAGGAAGGGCCUCUAAUGGCUUUGUCCGUACGAAGCUUCAUGUACAUCAUAUGUACAGGAACAGCCCUCGUCUUAAAUGUAAUCUAACAUGGUAUGAUUUGAAGGGUUCGGCGGUUUUCCGCCGUUGCCUUAGUGUAGCCCGAUAUUUCCCUCUUCGCCUGUCAACCUUGGUUCGAAUUGUAUCGAUACUAAGGAAGGCGAGAAGGUGGCUUUGGUUUGUUGCUAUCGGCAGGUUUUGGAAGAGUGCAGACGAAGACAUCAAAUUCGCCUGCUGUGGCUGUGGGUUUGGGACGAGCAAGCUUUUCUCUCGAAGGGGCAUAUCGGCGGCUGUGGUUUGGGAUUUUUCAACUAUGGAGGAUGUGGUAGAGCAGUAUAGACGACUGGCUUUGGAGAAAGAAAAUAGUACACUGAAUUUUGAUGAUGAGGAAGAAGAAGAAGCAACCGUUCCAAAGGCAAAUGUGGCGGAGUUUCGGUGGUGGAGUCAUCCUCACCGACCGGAAAGUCAGAUCUCAGUCAGUACAGGAACUGUUUGUAUCGCUCUGGGGGCCAGGAAGAGGAAUGGUGUUUCAAGAAAUUGAUGAAAAGAUGUAUCUUUUCACUUUUAAUCAUAAAAUUGAUAUGAAUCGUGUUAUAGAAGAUGGUCCUGGCUAUUUGAGUGGAAUCUGUUACUGCUAAAGGCAAUUGGCCCUAAUGAUAUACCGCAUAAAAUGGACUUGUUUGAAGCAGAGUUCUGGGUGCAAGUGCACAAUGUGCCG